UUAGAGCGGAGAUGAGCUGAUAUCCCGAUUCACAAAGCAUGUCAUUUGGAGAGUUUAAGUAAAAGUCACGAACAAUCUUUGUCUCAAACCUUUCCUGUGGAGCGCUGACGAUGUGCAUGUAAACAUCAAGUUGCGAUUCAAUAUAGGUGGGAAACAUAAAGGAUAAAAACUAUCUCAUUGUCAAGAUGCGGUUUAUCUAUAUCACCGCCCUGAUGGUCCUGUCUACACUAACCUAUAGCUAUGUCACGACACAAGCGACAUCAGCCACGGAGAACUUACGCAAUCUUCUCAAUAAACGGAUUCCGGUGUCAAACAGAUAUCCGCCAACUACCACAGGGACAGAAACUAGGGAAGACCUAGUGGCCGUCUCGAGCAAUUCCUGUCCGGUAACAACCUGUAGUGCUGAUGGUGGUGCUCAGAAAGUCUCUGAUCUGGAGGCUUUAUUGCCUGGAUUCUUUCAGACAAGAAGACAACUUGAGAGAUACAGCAAAACCAAUGGUAUCUCUCGAAGUCUGUUCAGGUCCUAUGAAGAAGCCAAUGAAGCGCUGAAAAGCAACACGGCCCAUAUCAGUAAAAGAGCCGUGCAGAGCGAGGACACGUGUUGUCCAGCCUAUGAAUUUUACUUGGCCCCGUCGACACUCGUGCUCAAAAGCGGCAUUACAAUAUACCCGGUACAAGACGUCAGCGGCGGAAAUUAUCAAGUCCUCUCCAUAGCACACUGCCACAACGAGCCUGGGGGUUGCAGCGGCACGUGCCAGAAUACCACCUCCACCCAGCCUCUCCUCGUGCACUGUGUCUGGCCAGUGGUUUGUCAGAGUGGAUGCAGCACUACGUUCUAUCACGCGGAACUCGACUCCGGGUGCAUUUGUGUAGAGUGAUGACAGGGUCAAACAUUAUUUUAACACUAGACGCCGACAGAAAAAUAUUUUUUCUAUCGCAGGUAGAUCGCUUGGACAGGCACGCGGCACGUUUAAUCAAGCAUAUAUUUUUUGACGACGUUGUUUGAACUUCUUUAUGUACUGACAAAACGUUACCUUUAUGACUCCUCACACAAGUCUUUAAUUCUUCGUUUAUUUCUGCUUCCUCAUAGAAGAUUUGGCAAAUAUUAAGAGGAGUGUGUGAAGAGAUUGUCCUUGUUAUUGACGACGUCAGUUUAGCUGAAAUCUCACAGAAUGGUUGAAAAAAUAAUAAAAUAUUCUUGAAUUGUCUUUUAUGAUUAAGUUCUUCCUCUUAUUGUAAGUACUGCAUUUAUAGUGACAUUAAAAAUGUCUAAUCCCUGUUUUGUUUUUUAAUAACAGAUCAUACACAUUGUGAAUAUUCAGCACACAGAGUAGGAGAUAUCCUAAUUAAAGUUCAGUGGUUUGUUUCCAGUUAUUAUUGAUUCAUGCUCCUGAAUAUUUGAUUUUAUCUUGCUUGUAUUUGUUCGACAAAAAUCAACUGAACAGAAUUAAAUUGACUUGUAUGAAGUAUUCGUUUUCUCUUUAUUUCAUUAGAUGAUGACA